UGUGUGAUAAUACGUCAGACGUAUGUUAGCCUAUCUCACAUGCAUAACUAAGUGUAAAGGAUAGAAAUAAAUAGAAAUAUCCUGUGUUGGCAUUACGGACAAUAGCUUUUGUUUCUGGUCUUCGUUAUAAAGCGAAGACAUUUUCCAAGACGGAAAGAUUAGAAUGUUCUUUGAGGGAAUCAGCAGAGAAGUUUAAUACGUUCAGUCGAUUAGCUUUGUUGGGCAACAAUUUCUCUCACUGCAGCAUGGCCUCCAGACACGCUUGCCUCAGCUUCUUGCACAUCGUUGCCUUCAUGUCAACUGCCACACUCUCCACUCCAGAGAAGCCCCUUUUAGUGAAUUACAAGUUCUCCGGCAACAGCCUCAGAGAGUACAUAGGGAACAGCAGCUUCAGCCACAUAUCAAGAGCAGACCUUCCCAACAGAAUCUUCAUAUCAAUGUGCUGGGAGUCACAUAAUCCGCACUGCACUGUGCACGCGAUAGCAAGCGAGAAGACCCUCGGCUAUUUGUGUCACAACGCUACCACUCAAUACAUUAUCAAGUACAAAGAUGAAUCCAACUGUAGGUGCUCUGAUGGAAACAGGAGCAAGGGCCCGAGACUGUAUCAUGAUGUGUUCACCGACAAGACUGGACCCAAGUGGAGCAUAAUAGAAAAUAGGACAGGGUGCGAAACAUCGGAAUUUGUCCAGAGUGAACAAGAAACCCAUAGUAUCAUAGUUUACGUGUACAAGGAUAAGUCCAUAGACAUACCCGUGUGCACAAACGGAAUCAUACCGUACAAAGGGUAUAUGUCUAAUCGGGAAGUUGGCGCCAGGUACAUUUAUUUAGAAAAAGAAGGCGUUAACAUAACAUAUCCUAUAUUCAAAUGUCAGUUGUAUAGUAUGGCCAUUAAAGAGAAAAACCUGAGUCAAGUGAUAGAUGAGUAUAAUCUCAGUGUGUCUAACGGCGAAGAGACGCAAGUGGCUUCCCUGCAUAACAUAUCUAUCGUUGUAAACCAAAUGAAACGGGAAAGGAUAACCACUUCCACGCAAUUAUCUACACCUGAAGAGCCGAAUCACCUAAGUCUCAGUGUAUUGACGGAUCCGUCGAUCAUUUCUGGGACGUUUGCAUCCAAGGCUAGCGUCAGUUUUGUGGUGUUGGCGUUUUGUGCAGGGCAAUUCGGUCGGCCGUACAUAUGACGGACUAGACAUUGGCAUUUUUAUUUUUAAAAAACUUCACGUGGAGUGUGAAGUGUUGGAAACAUUUACGGUCUCAGUUUCAAAGAGAGCACAAAAUCUUAAACUUAGUACCAAUAAGCCUCUCUGAAUAUAGACUAGAUAGGGUUGGUAAGGACGACAGGAAAUACGUUCUUUUCAUGUUUUGUUGUUAACGCCCUGAGUAAACAACUUCACUUCUUCUAACCUUGCCUUUAGAGUUAGGUCUAAGAAAAAAGUCCCGGCUCACUUGAUGAACAAAUGUCAAAUUGGGACAAUCAGGUUGAAAAAUUCUGGUCCAAAGCAAACUGCUUUCAUAUUUUGCCGACAAAUUAUUUUGUCACAAUAUUUC